AUCGGCAAGCGAAGCACUCCACUCCACUCCACUCCACCUGUUAGAAACAAGCUAGCUCAAGUUCUCUCAACUUCUUGCCAGGAAAGCGCGCAGGAGGUCGACGGGAACGACCAUGGUCAGCGCCAAGAGACUUGUGCAAAUGGCCAAGAAGUGGCAGAGGAUGGCCGCCACGGCAAGGAGGCGGAUCGCACUGGCGCCGCCGGCAAAAGGAGCCGCCGAGGGAUCGUCGCCGCCGUGCAGCACCUCGCGUGUAGCUGUAGCCGGCAAGGGCCACUGCGUGGUGUACUCGGCGGACGGCAGGCGGUUCGAGGUCCCGCUGCCGUACCUCGACACCGCCGUCUUCGGCGUGCUCCUCGGCAUGUCGCGGGAGGAGUUCGGGUUCGCCGGUGGCGACGGCAGGAUCACGGUGCCCUGUGACGCCGCCGUCAUGGAGUACGUCAUGUGUUUGCUUCGGAGAGACGCGUCGGAAGAGGUGGUGAGGGCGUUCCUGAGCUCCGUGGUGAGCCGGCCUUGCAGCCACUGUGGAAAUGGCUCGCUGGUGCAGUCCACCACGGGAGUUCGCCAGCAAGCUGCUGUUUCUAGCUUCUGAGCUGAGGAUUAAUUAGCACUUAGCUAGAUUGUUUUAUUAUUAUUAUUAUUAUUAUUAUUAUUAUUAUUAUUAUUAUUAUUAUUAUUAUUAUUA